ACCCGAGCAAACCGAACAUACACCGAAUGAAAACUAGAAAGCUAAGUCAAUAAUCUUAGAAGAUAAAUAAUACCGGGUGGUUCUGGUGGUUAGCUACCAGCCGACAUUUUCAGCAAAAAACGACAGUGCUCCUGAAGAGUACCACAGGUGUAUUACAAUCCAAAACUCGUUUCUGUUUUGACCAAUGGACUACAAACGGUAUAAGGAUAUUUGAUGUAAAUAAUAUGAUGACAUUGUGAUAGAAUACAACGCACUGGAACGAACACCGGCUACCUAUCAACACUAUAACGAUAUUAUUACUGUAGUAUUGUUCAAUAAUGUCACGGAAAUGAGAUUAUUAUAAUAUUGUUUUGGCAAACAGGCGGCUUCUCGAUAAGGAUAAGGAUAGAGUAGGGACAACACAACGCCGACGCGCUUUCAUGGUCCCAUUGCCAUUUGUCUAUACAGGAUGAUUCAUUCAAGACAAUCAUUCUUUUUACUUAAAAGAUUAAAAACCGAGAGGUUAGGUUAGGUUAGGUCUGGUCUGGUUAGGUUAGGUUAGGUCUGGUUAGGUUAGGUUAGGUUAGGUCUGGUUAGGUUAGGUCUGGUCUGGUUAGGUUAGGUAAGGUCUGGUAAAGUCUGGUUAGGUUAGGUUUUGUCAAGUAGUCGUGUAAAGCCAUUUUUGGUGGUAAAAAAAUCCAUUCGCUGUGACUGAAUUGUCAGAUUUUGGCUGGUAAAAUGUGAGUUCUGUCAAAAGACUAAAGAUUUGUUGGCCACUGUACUAAAAUUUGGUUGAAACCCUUUUUCAAUUAACCCUUGGCAGAAAUAAAAAUUUCACACGAAAAUUCCAAAAGAAAAAAAUUCAUUAAAACAUUUGUACGGAGUGUGUUAUGGAUAUGGAUGUGAAACCUGGACCAUCAGGAAAAGCGAAAGGGACAGUUUAGAAGCAAUGGAAAUGAACAAAACAUCAUGGGUUUAAAGAAAAAUACAAAUGAGCAAGUGUCAAAAGAUUGGGAUUAUUUCAACAAUUAUUGCCGCGGCGAAUCCAAACAGGUAUGUCGGCAGCUAACGUUAUCAGACUUCACAAAACCGCCAACGGUUAUCUCCCGUAACGAAUACACGGCCGCCCGAAUACGUUGGCCGCCAUGUUGGGUAUGUCACUCGUUGUCGACAUACCUAUUGACUUUUGCCACUCGUCGACAGUCUUGCUCUUAUCACUUUGAUCCUUAUCACUCUGCGUUAUCAAUAAUGAUAACAAUAAUUGUUGUUGUCGAAAAAAAAAUUUCAGAUAUUUAUAUUCAAUUUGUAUAGUAUAUCUUUUAUCGAACAAAGUCGUCGCUGUCACUUGCGUUUACAUUAUUACCUACCUAAACAGCUAUGAAAAUCGACUCAGAUUUUCUACCCGAAAAACAAUGUAUCGUCAUCGACAUUGGCACGAAAUAUACCAAAUUUGGAUUUGCGACCGAGCAUUCGCCGCGCUGCAUUAUACGAACUUGUUGCGAGAUAGAUGGAGUUCUUCUGUCGGACUUGUACAAGUGUCACGACCAGCAGAAACUCACGUUGGCUCUUUCUAAUUUCAUUCAUACAUUAUUUUACAAACAUGCCCUCGUCGCGCCCAAAGAUAAAAAAGUAAUCGUCGUCGAAUCGUUAUUGUCUCCGACGAAAUUCAAAGAGACCUUGGCCAAAGUAUUGUUCAUUACUUACGAAGUCGCGUCGCUUUGCUUCGUGCCUUCGCACUGUGCCGCUCUUUUUACACUCGGCGUUCCCACGGCUUUAGUGUUGGACGUGGGUUUCAAAGAGACGAUUCUCAUACCCGUUUGCGAAGGAGUGCCCGUGCUGAGACUGUGGCAAGCGUUGCCGUUGGGCGGCGAAGCGGUCGAAAAAUCGAUACAAAGUCAAAUCGACCAACGAAUAGCAACCGUCGACGAUACAUUAAACAACGUAAUUGAAGACAUUAAAGUGAGAAGUUGCUUCGUUACGACGUUAAAGCGAAGUAAAGCGUUGGCCGAGGGACUGGUUGUCGAGCCGAAAACAACCGACGCAGAUUAUCACGUUAACGGAGAGACGUCCGUGACGAUUGCCGGAAAAAUUAGAGAAACGGCUCACGACGUGCUGUUCGAAGAAAACAUCGAUGAAAUGUCCUUGACCACGAUGAUACUCGAAGCCAUUCAAAAUAGCAACGUCGACAUGCGUCUUAAACUAGCCGAAAACAUCGUACUCAUUGGCGGCACGGUAAUGGCCAAAGGUUUUACGGCCAGGCUCAGAGACGAGCUUCUGGAAAAGAUAAAGUCGCCGAAAUAUGAAAACUUGAAAAUUUCCAAGUUCAAAUUCCACGUCGCUCCUGCAUACGAGAAUUACACGGCGUGGCUCGGAGGAUCGAUAUUCGGAAGCACGAACAAUCUAAACAUUCUUUCCCAGACGAGGGAAAACUACAUUAAAGAAAACUACGUUCCAGACUGGCCGACGACGUAUACGAGGCAAAAAAUCGAACCAUAAUUUUCCAUCCGGGCACCACGAUAUAUAUUAUUAAAAUCUAUUUAUUAUUAUUGUAACGAUUAUUCCGAAAACCUUGAGUCGUUUACAAACAUUAUUAAAAUUACGUAUUAUUAACAAACAGAAAUAAAAAUUUAUACAACCAAAACGACUAACUAUUAUUAUACUCUAUAAAACUAAAAAAAAAAUGCAACAUCUUGGAAUGAACGUAAUAUUAUUAUUCUUUUAGUAGAUAAUUUUUUUUUUUAGAAGAAAUCGCAUGCUA